GGCAAACGAUAAUCGCCACACUGCAGAGUCAGGUGUUGGUGUUUGUAGAGAGAGAAGUGAGAUAGAAAGAAAUGGCGUGGAGCGCUACGAUGAUCGGAGCCCUGCUGGGAUUGGGCACCCAGAUGUACUCGAACGCCCUCCGAAAGCUCCCCUACAUGCGCCAUCCGUGGGAGCACGUGCUGGGGAUGGGACUCGGGGUCGUGUUCGUGAACCAGCUCGUCAAAUGGGACGCUCAGCUCUCGGAGGACCUCGACAAGAUGCUCGCCAAAGCCAAGGCCGCCAACGAGCGCCGCUACUUCGAUGAAGACGAUGAAUAGCUUCCCUUUCCAUGUUUCAUGGCAUCUUCAGACAAGGCAUUCUUGUUCUUAGAAAAUGUGGCCUUCAUGUUGGAGAUGCUUAUUUGCUUUUCAAUUAAUGUUGCUCCGUUUGUAAGGCUGAUAGAACUCUUCCAACUCUAUUUACUUUUUGGUAAACAAAAUCUUUGAGGUGCUUUCACGAUGCAAACUGGCUAAUUCAAUAUAUCCAUCAAUAAAUGGAAUUGCUUGAGCUGUA